AUGAUGAAGAACCGUAGGAAACGCGGCGGUUUAAGCGGUGGCGACGUCGUUGUUUCAUGGAGAAGAUUUUUCCGAUUCGUUUCUCUGUUCGUCUUCUCCUUCGUUCUCUUCUCUGCUCUGUUUAUCUUUUUAGGAAAGUUUCGGCCGGUGGUGCGAAUAUCGACGUUAAAGUCAGCAACGGUUAAAGCUGUUUUCGGUGGCUCUGUACCGGCGGUUAAGGUGGUCGCGAUUCAUGAAGCGGUUAAGUUUCCUGAUCAAACAUUGAUUUUCUUAAAUCGCUCUUCGACUUCUCGGUUAUAUACAAAAGACGACCUCUUUUGCGUUUUCUCCGACGCGAAAAAGCUGUUCAAAGAGCUUCCGCUCGCCGUCGAAAUCGACGAUGUUGGUCGCCAGAUUGUCCAGUGUUCCGCCGUGCCACGUGGACAUACGAUAUCGCUCGCCGUUUCGAGAUGGACGGUUGAUAACAACCUCCCGGUAGGACCCACACACCGGUGGGAUUGGCUGGUUUACGACGCCGUGAUCGACCAAGACAACUCCACGGUGGUUUUUGUCAAGGGGCUUAAUCUACGGUCAGGAAAAAUUGCUGACGUGUCGAGGUAUGAGUGCGUGUACGGUUGGGAUUUAACGAAUCCCAACCUUAUGCUUAGAGCGGAAGUUACCUCUGCGGCCCAAGAGAUCGUACGGUGCAGAACGCCGUUAACAGUAUUGGACGGCCCACGAUCGCCGCAAUCUCCACCGGUAAAAGUCUCCGUGAGAAUCAAAGGAAGUGGGAUGCUUCCUUCCAUAGCCCACCCGAUUACUCGUCUGGGUCGGGUCAAAAACCCGACACGUGGCAAAAGCAAACCGUUCGAGACGUGCGUUUGUACGAUGACGCGAAAUGCAGCCAGCGUUUUGAGAGAAUGGGUGAUGUACCACGCCGGAAUCGGCGUUCAACGGUGGUUCAUCUACGAUAACAAUAGCGACGACGACUUAGUUUCCGAGAUUAAGAAUCUAGAACAUCGCGGUUACAACAUCUCGAGACAUUUUUGGCCGUGGAUCAAAACUCAGGAAGCCGGAUUCGCUCACUGUGUGAUCCGAGCACGAAGCGAAUGCGAUUGGGUCGCGUUUAUCGACGUCGACGAGUUUUUCUACAUCCCGUCCGGUCAAACCUUAACCGAAGUCAUAAGAAAUCACACGACGCCAUCACCGUCCGGCGAGAUCGGUGAAAUUCGAACACCGUGUCAUAGCUUCGGACCGUCGGGUCUCAGAGAUCCACCGCGCGAAGGAGUCACAGCAGCGUACACGUGCCGUAUGUUGUUGCCGGAGAGGCACAAGAGCAUAAUCCGACCGGAAUCGUUAAACGCGACGCUGAUAAACGUCGUGCAUCAUUUUCACCUCAGAGAAGGAUUCACGUUUGCUGACAUGGAUAUGGGUACGAUGGUAAUUAACCAUUAUAAGUAUCAGGUUUGGGAUAUUUUUAAGGAGAAGUUUAAAAGGAGAGUGGCGACUUACGUGGCGGAUUGGCAGAACGAAGAGAAUGUCGGGUCGAAAGAUCGGGCACCCGGAUUAGGAACCCGACCCGUUGAACCGCCGGAUUGGGCCGAGAGGUUUUGCGAAGUGAGAGACGUUGGACUCAGGGACUGGGUUAUCCAGAAUUUUAUGGACCGUAAAACGCAGCGUUUGGUGUGGGAGAGAGAAGGAAAGAGAGUGGAAGAUGAAGUUGUAGCUCAAAUGGGGUCUUGGGCUGAUAAGAGAGUUGGUCGCAAGAGAAAAAAACAGUUAAAAGCCAAAUAG